AUGGUACCAAACGUUAAAAGUGUUUAUUUCUGUGCCCACAUUGCUCCUGCGCGUUUGAACAGUGAGGACAUAAAUGUCAAAAGAAGCAGCAUUCAGAUCGACCCAGAAACUGGUGAUGUAGUUUUGCGCGACGACAUUGCGGGUACCUCGCGGUUUCGUUUUGACAGUGUGACGUACUACCCGUUUCACACCACGCUGUACGAGGCCGUGCUGGGGCACCGUGUGGCGGAGAGCUUUGGAAGCGACCGCGCGUACUUGUGUGACUCACCGCCGGUAUCUAUGCACAGUGCCAUCAUUCACGGCUCCUCUACUGCACACACCAUGGAGCUCUUUCACACGUUGGUGCUCACGGCCGUCAGUCACGCUUUUGAGGUGAUCAACGCUACAAACGACGCUUUACCUGUACAGCUACAGUACAGUAUAGUACGUGUUUAUUCGUGGGGUUUGACAGACGUUUUAAGUCAGCGGGUUGUGUCAAACAGUUCGACAGGAGUAAUCGCAGAGGACUCCAGUAUUUCGUACCAACACAACAUCAAACGCAACGUAAUUGGUUCUCGUGAAGAUGUUCACCUUGUUGAGAACAUUCUUUGUUCUGCUUGUGCGGUUCCUGAGGGACAUGCAGCUAUUGUUUUUAGUCUUUUUUCACGCCCACGUAACAGUCCAAUGAAAACAAAGAAGAUUUCUUCCGGUAUCUUCUCGAUGACUCUUCUGCCUCAAUUAUGGCAAGGCAACAGACAAUUUCAAGGAGAUAUGCACACGCUGCGAGACCUCCUUGCCGGACACCCUUUGUCAUGUGAGAGUUCUUGCUGGUUGAUAAGUCAACUUCUCCCGACAGACGUAGUAAAUAGCGUAACCCUUAUUACAUGUAUUUGCGACGAACCGGAACAACAUCAGCAGACAAAUCAUAGUUGCGUCUACGGAUGCAGUCCUACUACUAGUGAAAGAGAAUCAUUUCGUCUAUCAUUUACUCCAGUUACUACACCUCAACGACCAAAAAUAAGACAUAAUAUUUUUUCGUCCCUUUCUCCCGAAAGAACUCAUCGACGUGUCAUCUCACCAUAUGCGCUGACAACACCUUCCUUUCCUAAUACGACAGAGCAUAUUACCAACACAACUGACACUAUGGCAUUACACCAAUUGCAUACAAGGAAAGACAACACCUUCACCAGACACUUUUCACCAACUACAAGAAAUAAAGCACAAAUUGAACUCCUGACAGCACGUUCUCUGGCAACUGAGCUAGAAGGACAUCGCAGCGAGAAAAAUAAUUAUACCACGGCAUGCAACAAAGAAAUUGAACGAGUUAUUACCACUGCGGCCAAAGUCAAGGAGGAGGCUGCAUGCUCUCAGGAGACUGAACUGGAGGAACGUGUUCGUGAGGCUGAGGAGCAGGCAAAGGUAGCUGAAGAAGCUGCCCGUCGCCGUAUUGCUGCGGCCAAGAGCAAG